UCACCGUGUCCCAGCUGGAGAUUCUCCGCUGGCACCCGGCGAUCGCCGAGUAACACUGACAGGGGGAAAGACCUUAACAUGCUGCUGUGUAUUUCUCUGCACAGCACAGCAGAAAAAUACACAGCAGCAUGUUUCCCAAGUAAAACACACACAGCACAUGUUGUAAAACACAGCACACAGUUAACCCUUUGAUCGCCUCAGAUGUUAAACUCUUCCUGCCCAGUGUCAUUAGUACAGUGUCAGUGCUUUUUAUUAGCACUGAUCACUGUAUUGGUGUCACUGGGGUGUCACUGGUUCCAACCCAGUGUCAGAAUGCCCACUGCAGUCCCGCUAUAA